UUUAAAAGAUUGCGAUCUAUCUAUUCAUAUUUUAGUAUCGUUAAAUGUUUUGAAUAAUCAACAAAGCAUUUUAUUAUAAAAGUAUUUUUUUUCUUUUAAUUAAAGGAAAUCUUAGGACCAUUUCAAGAAACCUAACCUCAAGCAGAUUAAUAAACUGUCAUCUUUAUUUUUAUUGAUUUUAUCUCAAACAAGAAUAGUAUAAAAUAACUUUUACCAUUUAACAUGAUGGAAACAAAUGGCGGCCCAUUGGAUCCCAGUUUAUAUAACGCUGAUGAACUGCAACCGCCAGCAUGGAUCAAUGAUGAAUUUUUUGAAACUGUUCUUAAAACAGCAAAACAAGGAGAUAUUCAAAAAAUUGUCAAAUAUAAUAUUGGUCCGGCUUCAUUGAGAGGUGAUCAUUUUGCUAGUAUUAUGUUUCGUGGUGUCGUACAAUAUUUGGAUAAAUCAAAUGCUAAACAGGAAAUAUCAUUAAUAAUUAAAACGAUGCCAGAAGUUGAAGGCAAUAAAAAAGAAUUGCUAACUGAAACAAGUAUUUUUGAAGUUGAAAUUCAAAUGUUUCGAGAUAUAAUUCCAAAAUUUGAAAAAAUGUUAAAAUCAGUCGGUGAUAAUACAAAAUUAGCGGCAGAAAUGCUUUAUUACACUUUAAGUCCGCGAAAAGUGAUUGUAAUUCAGGAUUUAUCAAAAAUGGGUUAUUCAAGUGUUGGCCAAAGGAUGUGUACAAUGGAAGAAGCACGAAUGGCAUUAGAAAAAUUAGCAAAAUGGCAUGCAUGCAGUUACGUCCUCAAUAAAGAGACCAAUGGUAGUUUACAGAAAUUUGUUAACGGGGUCUUUAAUUUACCUACUUUGGAAUCGAAUGUUUGCUUUACUAAAGGAACUGAAAGAUUAGCUCAAUUAGCACGUGAAACACCGAAACUACAAAAAUAUGCUGAUAAAUUGGACCAAAUCAAAGAUUUGGUAUUACCGAAAAUUCGAGAUGUGUAUGAAGUCUGCAAGAAAAAAACUCGUGUAAAUGUUUUAGGGCAUGGUGAUUUUCAUGCAAAAAAUUUGAUGUUUAAAACUAAUCCAAAAACAAAAUUAAGUGAAGAAGUAUUCUUGGUAGAUUUUCAAGUUUCAAUAUGGUGUUCCAUGGCUAUUGAUCUGUUAUAUUUCAUUUAUAUGGCAAUUGAAUUAGAAUCAAGAGAAAAAUAUUUUGAAGAAUUAAUUUAUAAUUUCUUUUGUAAAUUUCGUGAAACAUUAAAAUUAUUGAAUUAUAAAGGAAAAUUACCUAAAUUUUCUGAUUUACAAUACGAUAUGUUAACUGUACGACGAAUUGAAAUUUAUUUAGCUGCAACAUUUUUCCCGUUUAUGGUAGGUUUCAUUGAAAAUCCACAUCUUGAAAUAGAUGAAAUUAUGUCGAAUGCCGAUAAACAAUAUGAUGUAUUAUAUCGAUCCCAAAUGUAUAUCGAUGAAAUACAAAUAAUAUUGGAACGUUUUUUAAAUCGUGGAUAUUUCGAAAGUUUACUUGAAGAUGAUGAUGAUGAUUAAAUGCUGGGACUUUCAUUAAAUGCAAAUUAUGUGAUUUUUUAACAAAAAUUAUAUGAAAUAACAAAUUGUUAUUAGACAAAGAAAAUAUUUUAUAUUGUUAUAGAAAUUAAAUUGUUGAAGAAAAUAAAAUAUUAA